UAUGCUGUGUGUGUAUAUAUAACAUCACGCUAUGCUGUGUGUGUAUAUAUAACAUCACGCUAUGCUACAUGCUGCUGUCAUUGCUUGGCUUAUUAAACGUGGAGCUGCGAUGGUCACGAAGUCGCCUCGCGUGUCGUCGUGUGGGCUCACUUGGGGUGGGUCGCUUCGUCCUGUUGACCCGAGAGAUGGAGCCGACUUUCAUCCAGCAGUGGAUUGAUGGACCCAGCCAUGGCUCUGGUGGAAAUUUCCAGCAACCGGAUUUUUGAAGGAUAUCAGAAGGUGUUUGAACAUGAGAGCUUGGAGCUCAAGUGCAAGAUGCGCUUCGGCAUUUACCUGCCGCCCAAAGCGGAGACACACAAGUGCCCAGUUCUCUACUGGCUAUCAGGCCUCACGUGCACCGAGCAGAACUUUGUGACGAAGGCCGGGGUGCAGCGCCUGGCGUCGGAGCACGGCCUCAUCGUGGUGGCGCCUGACACGAGCCCUCGCGGCUGUAACGUGGAGGGGGAGGACGAGAGCUGGGACUUCGGUUCGGGAGCCGGCUUCUACGUGGACGCGACGCGCGACCCCUGGAGCCAGCACUACCGCAUGUACUCCUACGUCACGCGCGAGCUGCCCAAGCUGGUGAAGGAGUCGUUCAGCGCGGACGCCGAGAAGCAGUCGAUCUUCGGGCACUCGAUGGGGGGGCACGGCGCGCUGGUCUGCGCACUGAGGAACCCCGGCAUGUACAGGUCCGUGUCGGCGUUCGCGCCGAUUUGCAACCCAGUGGAGUGUCCGUGGGGCCAGAAGGCCUUCGCGGGCUACCUUGGCGAAGACCGCGAGGCCUGGAAGGCGUACGAUGCCACGUUGCUGAUGUCCGCCUACUCGGGUCCACCACUCGACAUCCUCGUUGACCAGGGCAAGGACGACCAGUUCCUCUCGGCCGGGCAGCUGCUGCCCGACAACUUCCUGGCCGCGUGUACGCAGGCCAAGGUUCCGGCCGUCUUCAGGCUACAGGAGGGCUACGACCACAGCUACUACUUCAUUGCCACCUUCAUGGACGACCACGUGCUGCACCACGCCAAGUACCUCAACGCGUGAUGGCGAUGCGGGGGGAAGCCCGCCGCGAGGCCCGGUGUCGCUCACCAUGGCCUGGAGACGCUCAUCAUGGCCUGGUGUCGAUCCUGGGUUCGAGUCCAGGCUCUCGGCCGCCUGUGAUUUAAAAUCGGUUCCCGAGUUGUGUCGCAGCCCUGUUUGCCAAAGAAAAGGGGCACCGCGUUGGCGAGAUGUUGCCUACGAAUGUUGAACUUCUUUUGCACCGUACGUAGCCAACCAUGCUAAUCGGAGGUGCGGGGGUUGGACAACACAAAAAGCAGUUGAAAAAAAAUGAGUUUUC